AUGCGACCAGGAGGGCUUUUCAAACCAGCGAGAAUAGGGAAUUGCAAUCUCAGCCAUAGAAUCGCUUUGGCGCCAUUGACGAGAUUGAGAGUUGAUGACUUUGGUGUACCAUCAGAUUAUACGCCAUUAUACUACCAACAGAGGGCGUCUAAAGGCGGUUUACUAAUAAGCGAAGCUACUCUGCCUGCGAAAGAAGCUGGUGGACUACCACGUCUUCCUGGUAUUUACACAAAUGAGCAAAUCAAUCGUUGGAGAGAAGUCGUAGAAAGUGUGCAUCGUUUAGGUGCUUUCAUAUUCUGUCAACUGUAUGCAUUGGGUCGGGUUGCUGAUCCACGCCUCGUUGAUAACCUUUUCGGCGUUUCAAAUGACGUAUAUAACGGCAACAACGUCAAGCAGCUCUCAGAAGAGGAUAUACGGAGGUAUAUCGCACAUUUCAGACAGGCGUCUAUAAAUGCAGUCGAUAAAGCUGGCUUUGAUGGUGUGGAAGUACAUUCAGCAAAUGGAUACCUUCUCGAUCAAGCUAUACAGCAAGUAUCUAACAAGCGAUUAGAUAGCUACGGCGGUCUCAACCGUCUCCGUUUCCCUUAUGAAGUUGUAGAAACUACCACUCAAGCCAUCGGUGAAGCCAAAACUGGUGUACGCAUUUCUCCUUUUUCAAGGUAUCAGGGUAUGAGAGAUGAGUGCCCUUAUACUACAUUCGAACCAUGGGUUCGAACUCUCGUGAAGAACUUUCCAAAUAUCGCCUAUGUUCAUUUCGUAGAAGGAUUCACGGAGGAUGACAUAAAAAUAGGAGAUGAACUCAAAAAACAAAUCAAAAUGUCUAAUAUACCUGUUAUUUCCAACUUAGCAUACUCACUUGAAGUAGCCAACAGUCGGGCAGAGGAACAUGAUGAGAUUGUUGCUUUUGGUAAACAAUUCAUUAGUAAUCCCGACUUACCGGAACGUAUAUAUAAUGAAUGGCCUUUGAAUGAGCCUGAUACUAGCACAUAUUACACUCAAGGCAGAGAAGGUUACAUAGAGUAG